AGUAGUGGUUACUUUGAAAGAAAACUAUUGGUAGAACGAUCUUUAAUAUUUCACUUUGUAGUCAAGAUUUUUUUAUGGAAGGGGCAACUUCCUUGAUCUUAUGCUAUAAAAACUCUGGAAACUCGAUCUAAGAAAGGGUACGUUAGUUUUAACUUUAAGAUCAGGACACAAUCAAACAAGAUGAAACUCCAUUACUUAUUGGCAUUAAUUACAUUUCUGAUGGUUGCUUAUGCAGCGUCAGAAACUACUCAAGAUUUAUCAGAUUCAUCGUUGGAAUCAAACCAGGAAAAUAAAAUACGAGACAAGAGGACUUUACUUGGGCAUGGUGUUCUUCUUGGGGGUGGUGCUCUUCUAGGGGGUGGUGCACUACUUGGGGGUAGUGCUCUUCUUGCCAAAAAAGCUCUUCUAGUUGGAGGUGGUGUUCUAGGUGCUAAAGCAUUACUUGGUGCUGGUUUAUACAAAUCAAGUUUGGGACAUGGUUACGGCUAUGGUAACUAUGGUGGGGGAUAUGGUUACGGAGGUGGAUAUGGUUACGGUGGUGGAUAUGGAUAUGGCGGUGGAUAUGGAUAUGGUGGUGGAUAUGGAUAUGGUGGUGGAUAUGGACAUGGAUAUGGAUACCCAAGUGUGAGCCAUUAUUAUGCUCAACCAUCUUACGUGAAUUAUCAUUCUCAUGGUUAUUGGCGAUAAUUUAUAUAUAUACCUUAAUACAAUAUUAAAAUGAAGACAGAAAUUCAUAAUAAAA